AUGUCGGGGGGUGGCGGGCGACGGCGCGGGUGUGACCCCGCCGGCUGCCCGCCGCUCCCCUGUUCGUUGUCGUCGCGCCGCGAGAGUGCCUCGCGCUCGCGACCGAUUACGGUCGUAAUUUUAGUCGCGAUUACUCGCGCCCUCCGCGGCCACGCUCGCUUCCGCAAGCGCGCGCGUAACCAGCGUCGGGCUCGCUGCGACCGUGCCGCCCCCAACGGCGGUCGCGGGCGCUGCACGCACUCGUUCGCGCGCACUCGCUCUCACGGCAACGUUCGAACGCGUCCGGUAGAUUGCCGCCGCGCCCUUAAUCGUGAUCACGCUCGCAGAUCACGAUUGCGCCCCGGGCAGGUCGUGGCCGCGGUCAUGAUUGUGCUCGCAGCCGCGUCGCGUUCGCGCCCG